CAAACAAAUAAAUUAAAAUAUUAGAACCCUCCUUUUCCCUCUCCAAAACCUCCCGUCCCUUUCUCUCCACCUUUGGAUUUUCGAAAUCCUUCAAUCCGAUUCCGACAGAUCAUCAUCUCUUUCGCGAUUCUUCCAGAUCGAUAUCCAUGGACGCCGUAGGUGCUGAUCCCGAUCGCCGUUUUUGCCGUCUCAGCCUCAUUGAUUUCGCCUCCGAGGACGAUUUUCUCCUCCCUUCUCCUUCAUGCGACCUCCACGACGUCAGUUCUUUAGACAUUACAAAUGAAGACGAGGAACAUGAUAGAAUCAGACAAUCAGGGGCCAUAGAUUGUAGCAGAAUAGAUGAGAGAACAGAUGGGUUCGAACAGAGAGAGGAUAAACCUCAAUUAGUCCCAUCAUCGGAACCGGAAGCGAUCAAAAGAAAUGGAAAAUAUAAUUUGCGUAAGAGUUUAGCAUGGGAUAGCGCUUUCUUCACCAGUGCAGGGUUUUUGGAUCCUGAGGAGUUUACUAGCAUGAUUGCACCGGUAGGCAGAAAUGAAAAACGUGUAUUACCCAUAAUUUCAGAAGAUGUUCAGAAAUCUUCAGAUUCAAUAUCUACAUUGGAAAGUGAAAUUAUGCCACUAGAAAGCAUUGAGGGCAAUCUAUUCGAAGAUGUAAGGGCUUCAAUUCAAAAAUCUAGUAGAAUAGUUGGAAAGGCCAAUUCCAGAACUAAAGUUGAACCCGGGCGACAGGAAGCACAAAAACCGCCAUCUGCAGGAAGGCUUGAUCUUACUUCACAAAAUAAGAUGAAGGAUAGGUCUGCAUCCAGUAAGCUACCUGAUGCGUUGCAAGGACCUGGAAAAACUAUUAAGCAGAAUUCUUCUCAACCACGCGGUGGACAGCAAUUGAAGGCAGUCGGCAGGCUUCCUUCCAGCUCAUUAUCAUCAAAGAAGCCUUCCCUUGGCCAUAAUCCUACAGCCACUGCAAAGGAUGGUACUAUAAGUGGUACAAGACCUGCAGAUAGACGGGAUUCAGUUAGUCUUAGAACUACUGCACAUAGGCCUACUCGAAUUUCAACUUCAGCUAAAAGUGCCCAAAAGACUUCCUCCGACGUUUCUACAAGUUCAUCUGACAAGGUUGGUAAAUCUUCCUCCAAAGAUGUGAGGAAGAAAACAGAGUGUAAGGCUUUACCUUCCUCGGGUGUCCAAAAAACACCAUCACGAGUUACAUCGAAGGUCACAAGUCCUUUUGGGAAAUCACGUCUCUCUUCUAAGUUUGCUUCAGGAAUAUCACCUGCUAGCUCUAUUAGUGAGUGGUCAACGGAGUCAUCGUCUAGCCCAAGAGUCAGCCUUCACUCAAUUUCAAGCAAAAGAAUCUCUACAGACAGUGAGGCUUCUCAUGAUGGAAGAAACCAUCCUGUUGGACCCCAUACUCAGACUACUGGUUUGCUGUCUCAAUCAGUAAAGAAAGCUUCUUCGCAAUCUUCUAUACUUCCUCCCGCUUCUGUGAAGCCUUCGGGCCUUCGAUUGCCAUCGCCUAAAAUCGGUUACUUUGAUGGGAGUAAAACAUCUAGCACGAAAUCUAAUCUGGCUGUACCCGGUGGCAUGACUAAGAUUGGAGCUGGAAAUGUCAGCACUAAUGGAGGCGAAAGUAAGAUCAAGCCCUCAAAGCUCCAACCUGCUAGAUUGUUGCCCAAGAGCACAACUCGUGCGAAUCCUACUAUGAAUUUGAAAUCUCAUAAAUCUUCUGCAACCAAGAUGUCGAAAACAAAAGCCCUCGACCAAAAAGUCAAGGAGCUUCAUCGCGAAGGAUCAAAUACCGAUUUGCACGAUUCAGAUGCAUGUGCAGAAAGUAAUGAUAUUUCUGGAGCUAUGAGGGAGGAAAUGACCAAAGAAAAUGAAGCUUGCAGUAAUGCAAACGAAACGCUGACAACUAACUCCGCGGGAGAAAACCUAACAACAAUUCACCGAACUUCCAGACCUAAUGUUGAUGGUAUGGUUAUCGGUUCCAUCUCAAAGAAGUGAUCGGUGAAUGUGGUGAGAGAAUUUGUUUGAGAGAGGGUUCAAUGAGUGGAAAGAAGGCAACUUUAUGCUUGCAGAAGGUAAGUCAGAAUCAUGAAUUUGGUUGUCAUUGGUUCUCGAAACGAGUUUAUUAACUGUCGAUGAGGAUUCUCGGCUUGUCAAAUAUCUGAUAAUGUUCAAAGGAAGCCUCCCACUUUCUUGUCAAAACUCACAAGUUUCAUUAUCUCACUGCUUCAUCUAACUUUGAUAUCUGCUGUUGACAUCAAUAUCCUCUCUAACCAAGGCCUAUUUGGAAUCGACCAUCAAGUGCUUAAAAUGGUGUUCUAACCAUAACAGAAAGCACUUGAAAAGCUAUUCCAAAUAAAUCCCAAGGAUGCUUUGUCUCAGCUGCAGCCUCAAAUGUGAAUCAAGAAUGGCCCCAUCUUUGCCCAUCUAAGCGAGACCAUUCCGGGAAUAGCCAAUUUUGUAACGGCCUUUUUGGGUUUUCUGAUGGAAUGCGAAGGUCUAUUGUGCUGCAGCUGAUCAUCUGAUACCAACUUAUAUGGAGGCAUUGCUAAUCAGUGAGCUAACUUGGUAUCCACGACGUCGUCAUGUUCGGGUUGCUUGUGAACUCGGUGGAAGAGAUCGAAGAAAUGUUUGACGACGUUGAUUUCGAACCAUUCAGAAUCCAGAAAUGGUUGGCAUGUUUUACCUUUUUCAGUUCGUGAAUAGCAUUGUGAAUGUUCCUCUUUUAACCAUUUUGCUGUACUGCAAUGAAAAUUUUAUUGUAGUAAUUCUGGAUCCAUUUUAUUAUGGAUUUUUUAACCCAAUUAAA